AUGCCAGCGAGUCCCUUGACGAUAGAAGUACAGAGUAGCCAGCAUCUUGACCUUCGGAAUACAGUUGGAAAUAUACCUUUUCACUGGUACGAUGAUUGUGAGCACUUUGGUUAUGACAUUGAUGGAAAUCCUAUCAAACGUGUCGAGAAGAAAGAUGAGAUUGAUUCCUUUCUAGAGAAAAUGGAAGAUCCCGAUUAUUGGCGUAAGGUUUAUGAUCGACAAACUGGUUCAUAUAUUGUUUUAACUGAUGAACAAGUUGAAAAACUUGUAGCGAUUCAACAGUCGCGUUAUCCUGUUGUUGGAUAUAAUCCUUACCAGCCAUUCCUUGACAUCUUUUCAUCGAACAUUGAAAUCCAUCCAAUAUCUAAUCAGCCGGCAUCGAAAGCUUCCUUUAUUCCUUCACGUAGUGAACAAUUGUUAGUUGGAAGGAUGGUACAUGCAAUUAAGAUGGGAUGGAUAAAGCCUCGGCGGCCAAAAAAAGAUGUUUACGAUUUGUGGGCUAAUGAGGUUUCUGACAAAAAGUCUAAAAGUGAAAAAGCGCGCUUACGAAUGCAUUUCCCCGCUCCUAAGGUGGCAUUACCCUUUCAUUCAGAAAGUUAUAAUCCUCCACCUGAAUAUCUUUUUGAUGAUGAUGAAUUAAAAAAAUGGGAAGAAAAUGAACCUGAUGAGCGACGAAUCAAUUACAUUCCACAAAAAUAUAGUUCACUUCGUCUUGUCCCUGCUUAUGAGCAGUUUUUCAAUGAACGUUAUGAAAGAUGCCUCGAUUUAUAUUUAGCACCGAGGCAACAAAAAAUGAAGCUUAGUGUCGAUCCUUCUCAACUUCUUCCAGAAUUGCGUAACAUCGCUGAUUUGCGACCUUUUCCAACCACCCUUGCUUUUUAUAUGCGUGGUCAUAAAGGACAAAUUCGAGGAUUAUCAAUGGAACCGAAAUUUGGAGAAUUACUAGCAUCUGCAGGCGAGGAUGGUACAAUUCGUUUAUGGUCUGUUGGAGUAGGCCGUUGUCUGAAGGUUCACAAUAUGAAUGGAGUGGUGAACUGUGUAGCAAUUUAUCCAUCUGACAAAUAUACUUUAUUGGCCGCUGUUGUUCAGCCAUGUAAAGUAGUUAUUAUGAACUAUGAAUGUGGUGAUAAGCAUCAUAUAGGAAUCACAUCACAGUUUAUUUCUAAACUUGUUAUCGAUUCACAAUCAGAGCAGAAUGUAAGGUGGAGUAUUGACGAUAAAAAUAGAAUCAUAUUAUCCUUACCUGAGGAAACAAAGCAAGUGGUUUGGCAUGAAAAAUGUGAUUAUUUUGCCACACAUUCGCUUUCGAAAUCUGCGAAUUCAAUUUAUAUACAUCAACUUUCCAAGUGUCUUUCUCAGAAACCGUUCAGUCGUUUGAAAGGAUUCGUUACAAGUAUAUGUUUCCAUCCGAAAAAGCCGCAUUUUUUCGUUGCUACCAAAAAAUAUGUACGAAUUUAUGAUUUAGCUGGACAUCGGCUAAUUAAGAAAAUUAUCACUGGGACUGAUUGGCUUAGUUGUAUGCGUAUUGAUUCUUCUGGUGAUAAUUUGUUUAUUGGUGGUUUGGAUCGUCGAUUCUCUUGGAUCGAUUUACAACUUAGUAAUAAACCGUGGAAGAAUAUACGGCAUCAUACUGCAGCUAUUCGCGAUAUAGCUGCUCAUCACAGGUACCCUCUGUUGACUACGGUAUCAGAUGAUUCAACUGCGAUUGUAUAUUAUGCAAAAAUUAGCGUUGAUCCUCUUAAAGAGAACGAAUUUCUGCCAGUAAGGAAACUGCAUGUUCAUAAUGUGAAAAAUAAUGGUCUAUCAAUAUUAUGUGCUAUAUUUCAUCCAAGUCAACCAUGGCUGAUUACUGCUGGGGCAGAUGGCUUAAUAGCACUUUUUUCCAAUUGA